AUGUAUGGUUCGCUACUUCGAACGGGUCGCUUGGCUCACAGAGCUCUCAAUACCCAAUCCUUAAGAAGUAUCAAAUUGCCUCGUGCAUCGUCAUUUUGGAGCUUACAAUGUAAACGAUGGAAUUCAAAGACUACUAAAAGUGCAGAAGAAAAUGACCCUGAUCUUCGUAUUCCAGGAAUCAUUGAGGAUAAUAUAUCACCGGUUAUUGCUGAAAAAGAAAGUUCCAAUGUCUCUUUUGACAUCCCUAAAGAUAUGCUCCUACCAGAUGGAAUGCCAGAUUAUUUGCGCCUUACAUUGACUUCUCACGUUUACGAUAUCAUUGAAGAAACACCUUUAACCAAAGGUGUCGUCAUUACUGAAAGUACAGGAGUUCCUGUUUAUCUGAAACGUGAAGACCUUACGCCCGUUUUCUCUUUCAAAGUCCGUGGCGCUCAUAACAAAAUGGCUUCUCUGGACUCGAAAUUGCUGGAGCGCGGUGUCAUUGCCUGUUCGGCCGGUAACCAUGCUCAGGGUGUCGCUUAUUCUGCCAGACGACUAGGUGUGAAGGCGACGAUUGUGAUGCCUCAAAAUACUCCUGACAUUAAAUGGAAAAACGUCAAAAGACUUGGUGCUAAUGUCUUAUUGCAUGGUGCUAAUUUUGAUAUUGCUAAGCAAGAAUGCAAUCGUCUAGCGCAGGAACAAAACCUUCGUAUCAUCCAUCCUUAUGAUGAUCCUUACGUUAUCGCUGGUCAAGGUACUGUUGGUUUAGAAAUCCUUCAUCAAUUGGACCUCCGCAAACUAGACGCUAUAUAUUGCGCUAUUGGUGGUGGUGGUCUUAUUGCCGGUAUUAGUGCUUAUGUGAAGCGAAUUGCUCCUCAUGUCAAGGUGAUUGGUGUCGAAACUUUUGAUGCUGAUGCGUUUUCACGCUCCGUACAAGAGAAAAAGCGCGUCACUUUGAAGGAUGUAGGUUUGUUUGCAGACGGUACUGCUGUCAAACUUGUUGGUCAAGAAACCUACCGGGUUGCUUCCAAAUAUGUCGAUGAUGUUGUUUUGGUCGACAAAGAUGAAAUUUGUGCUGCCAUCAAAGAUGUCUUUUUGGAUACACGUUCCGUCGUCGAACCAUCAGGUGCUAUGUCUGUUGCCGGUAUGAAACGUUAUUUGUCGAAGCACAAACCCGAAAAUCCGAAUUCUGCCUCUCAAGUUUGUAUCUUGUCAGGUGCCAACAUGGACUUUGAUCGUCUUCGUUUUGUUGCAGAACGGGCCGACCUUGGUUUGAAUAAGGAAGUGUUUUUAAGUGUGACUAUCCCUGAAUGCCCUGGAUCUUUUGAAAAACUCCACAGUAUUAUUACUCCUCGAAGCAUUACUGAAUUUUCUUACCGCUACGACAACUCUGAGUAUGCCAACAUUUACACCUCGUUUGUUGUCCAAGAUCGUGCGAAAGAACUUCCUCAUGUACUUCAAAAAAUUUCAGAGCACAACAUGAUUGCAGAAGACAUUAGUGACAACGAGCUUGCCAAGACUCAUGCUCGUUACCUUAUCGGGGGCAAAUCCGACGUUUUGAAUGAACGCUUGUAUCGUUUUGAAUUUCCUGAACGCCCGGGGGCUCUAAGCAAGUUUUUGAAAAGCUUAAAGGAAGUAUGCAGUAUAUCCUUGUUCCAUUACAGAAACUGUGGUGGUGAUACUGCAAAUGUGCUUGCUGGUUUGCGAGUCAAUGAAGGUCAAUUGGAGAACUUGAACGGUAUUUUAGAGACAAUGGGCUACGCUUGGGUUGAUGAAACCAACAAUCCUGUAUAUUUGCGCUAUUUAAGGAAAUAA